UAUAAACUCUGUGACUAAUUUCCCAUAGAAAAUUCAAGCAAUAAAGUGAUGGUGGUUAAUAGCGGAGGAGGAGGGGAGGACUUAUGGACAUCCACAGACAAGCUCUACCAUGUCGUGUUCUGCUUUUCCUUCACCAUUGUUUUCAAUCUCUUGUUUUCCCAUCAUCCUUUGCUCCGGAGAAGCUCCCUUUUCAUGGCUUCUUGUUUUUCUCUCCUUGUCGGCGCCGCCAAAGAAGCCGCUGACCAUUUCGGCUACUUCAAUUCCUCCGGCGCCUCCGUCAAAGACGGUGUAGCAGAUAUUUUCGGAGUCUUGUUGGCUUGUUCACUACUUUAUCUCUCCAAUAAGUUGUCAUCAUCUCGGAAGUCCGAAAUCGAUGAUCGAACAGUCACAGGAGUUGAUCUCGUUUGAUUACAAU